GAGUGCGUAUUUUUUAAUACCUUUCGUAUUUUGUAACAGUGAAAAUGGUGUAUGCAAAGAUUAUUAUAUCCAUGAUUCUAACAAUCACAUCAGAGGUUUUUGGAGGAGGACAUACGGAGCACCCAGAUGAGGGAGGGUAUGGAACAGAAGAUUACUAUUCCGAGCCGCAAUACGCAUUCAACUACGGCGUCCACGACCCCACCACCGGAGACGUGAAGAGCCAGAAAGAAGUAAGGGACGGCGACGUCGUCAAAGGGCAGUACUCCCUCGUGGAACCCGACGGUUCCGUCCGCACCGUCGACUACGUCGCCGAUUCAGUGAAUGGAUUCAACGCCGUGGUCUCGAAGAGCGGGCCAUCUGUCCACGCGGCUGGCGAACCAGUCGUCGUGAAGCAGGUGGUUCCUGCAGUCGACCAUGUGGUACCGACAUCGUACCGGCAAGUGGUACCGACGUACGUUAAACAGGUGGUGCCGGUGGUUCAUCCGUACUACCACAAGCGGCUUCUGGCGCAACCUGUAAUCAAGUACACGUCGCCGUUGGGUUUUGACAAACAGGGAUUCUACAAUACCAUUUACGAUGGAUAUGGAUAUCAAGAUGGUUAUGAUCUAAGAGCCUAUUACGGAGAUAUUCACAACCACGGAUUUUGAAAGGAAAAAAAACGUCCACUGCCUCGAAGCCAAAUAUUUUUUCAAGUGUCUAGAACUGACUGAAAAUUAUUUUCGAUAUCUAUUUUAUGUUCACAAAAUUAUUAAACUGAAAUCACAUAUUUCCUUUCUGUAACAUACGAUCAUUUAAGAAACAUGUUUUCACCAUAUUA